UAGAAGCUGACGCAACCAACGCGCCGCCCCUGGAUUAGCAAGAUUUGGCCUGGCAACUGGGAUCUCGUCACGAGGCGAGAACCAGCCAUGGCCUCCGCUCCCUAGAGCUCGCUCCUCCUCUUGCCAGCGUCGCGGUUGGUCUACUCCUCCACUGAUACGAAGCAUGGAUAGCGUGUCUAACGGCCCCGUCGAGUCGUCCGCGGAGUCCCCAGCGCCGGCGGUGGAGGCUGUUGCCAAGAGCUCUCCCGCGGCGGCCGCCACCAAGGGCCGCGGGCUGCGUCGCUGGCGGCGUAUCCGGCGGGAACAUGAGCAGCAGAGGGAGGGCUACGCCGCCGCCACCGCUGCCGCCGUCGGUGGUGGCGGCGCCGGGGAUGAGGACUCCGCGCAGCUCCACAAGCGUCGGCUCCCGGUCGCUGCCGGCGCGCCGAAGGGGAAGCACGAGCCGCCGCCGGCCGUCGAGGCGGAGAGCUCCACCGCCUCGGUCGAGUCCCGCCUCGUCCCGCCGGCGAAGCUGGACCCGGGCCUCGGCCUCCUCAUCGCACCCGCCGGGUUCUCGGUCGGCGCGGGCGGCGCCGAGUCCGACAACAGCGAGGGCCGGAGCAGCAGAUCCUCCACCGCCGCGAGCGCGCCGCGCGUGCUCCCGCGCCACGAGCACGCCUUGCUCUUCCAGCGCGAGCGGGACAGGGUGUCGCGCCCCCGCGUCCCCGGCGGCGCCUCUCUGCACGGCAGGAACCCGCGCGCGGCGCGCUCGCGCGCCGACAGGCCGAGGGUUGCUUACAGCGCCGCCGUCUCCGCCGAGGCUGAUAACUCGCGGUCCAGCGUCGAGUCUGACCUCCGCAGCUCGAACGCCUUGAAGGCCCGGCAAUUGGGUGGGGGCCUCAAUGGUGUUCAUAAGGUUUUCUCUGAUUACUGUGAUCACAGUGAUGAGGAGCAACCAAGCGAGGAGGUUCGAUCGACUGGUUACUGCAAAGAGAAUGGCAGUAGUGUGGUAGGUAGAUCCAUCCAGAUAAGUGCUGAUCCUGGGGAUGGUGUCGAAGAUACAUCCGAGGAGGUGAGUGUAGGGAAGGGGCAGAAUGGAAGGAUGCAUUUUGGUGCUGAUUAUUACAAUGAAUCAACUUUGUCACUUCUUCAGAGAACACAGGAAGCACUUGAGAAUGAGAUAGAAAAAAUCAUGGCAAUUGGAAAAGAAGCAACUGAUGAUUUUGAUGUCCAUGAUGAUGAGUGGAGUGGGUCAGACCAUCUCGAGGAACCUAUUGAAGAAGUAAAUGAAAGGAUAAAACGUCUUGAGUUUAGAUUGGGGGAGGCAUCAGCACUGAUCAAGGAGAAGGCUUCAAGAAUACAUGAACUCGAAGCAACCUCAAUUGAGAAUACCAACCUGCUAUUGUUGCAAUCUGAACUAGAUCAACUGUACCAGGAGAAGAUGGACGCAGAGAUUCGGUGCACCAUCCAGACAAGAGCUUAUCAAGCCUCAGUAACUUUGCCCGAGGAUCAAAUGGCUCUAUACGAAGCGCAAAAGUCUCUAUCUGAAGACUACAAGCAGCUCGCACUUAAACUCCGACACACCGAAAACAGAGCAACGGUGUUAGAGGAGAUGGCAGAGAAGCUACAGGUGCAGUGCAAAGAGCUGUCCAAUAGUUCUGAAGUCCUGCAGCUGCAAUCUAGGGCCAGUAGGGUUUCGCUGUUUUGUUUCGUUCAGUUUAUACUGCUGUGUAUUGCUAUAGGAACAUACCUUAUGCGGCUUUCUCCCUCCCCUAGCGAGGUUGUACCUACCUGAGAUUAUAGAAGAGUACGUCUGGAAUCCCUUUGUGUAAACAUGCUUGCAAAGUUCUCUUGUAAUUUACCGUUUAAGGCGUGAGUUAGCCUCAUAAAACCUUUCUGUAACAUCAAUAUUAUCUUCGUUCAUUGUACAUUUUUGUCGCU